GGGAGGCAGCUCCUGGCCGCAGCAAAAUUGGAUUCCUCUGAGCCGCCAUUCCUCUGAGCCGAGUCUCUCCUCUCUGGGGCUGGGGGCUGUGCCGCUCCGUGUCCGGGGAAGGCAGCUGCCCCGAGCCACGGCCGUGGGCUACCAGCCUCCUCCCGAGCGCAGGGGAUGGGGCACGUCUAUCCCACGGUGGGAGAGGGGCCGGAGGUGAUCGGGGUGUUGGGUGAUGUGGGGCCGCCCCUUCGCCGCCAGCCGCGGGCACGGUGCAGUGAUGUUGUCCCACUUACGGUUCCCGGGGUCACUCCCGUUUAGGGGGGACAUGCGAGAGUUCUCAACGGUGGCAGAGCACCACGCCAGUGGUUCCGCUGCCCCCAGGCUGGGCCGUGACCCCUCAGCGGGCUGGGAAGUGCGGAGGUGCUGCCCCUGCCCCCGGCGCGGGGAGAGGCUCUUGGACUCCUCCUCCGGCCGCUCAGGCGGCUCCAAUGAGCCCCGGGGGCGUCCGGGCUGCCCUGCCCUGCCCUGCCCUGCCCUGCCUUCCCUUCCCUUCCCUUACCUUACGCCCUCCUUCUUCCAUCGAAAAAUGGGAGAGAUCAGCCAGGCCGCCGGACCGGGGCUGCCUUCCUCCCCCUCUCCUUCCUCUCCCUCCCCGCGCUCCGCCUGCAGCCUCGUCCCGCCGGUCGGGAAAGGGACUCCACGGCCCGGCCGGGACAUCGCUGGGCGUCUCACCUUUCCCCUGCUGUCUGUCACCCUUCUGGUAUCCUUUGGCUCCUCCAUGCUCUAUGGCUACAACCUUGCUGUGAUGAACUCGCCAGCAGAGCACAUAAAAGCUUUCUACAAUGCCACGUGGUCCCAGCGGUAUGGACAUGGGCUGGCCCGUGGGCCCCUGACCCUCCUCUACGCCCUGACUGUCUCCAUCUUCGCCCUGGGCGGGCUGGUGGGCUCCUUGCUAGUGGGGAUGCUGGUGGCACGGUACGGCAGGAAUGGAGCUCUGAGCCGCAGCGCUCUCCUCGUCCUCCUGGCCGGCGGCUUCAUGGGCUUCAGCCGGGAGCUGGGAUCCCCUGAGAUGGUGAUCAUCGGCCGCUCCAUCACGGGGCUCCACUCAGGUAUCUGUCUCAGUGUGGUGCCCCUCUACCUGGGAGAAAUCGCUCCCAAGAACCUGCGGGGAUUCCUGGGCCUCAUGCCCAGCUUCUUCAUCUGCCUGGGGGUUUUCUCUGCCCAGGUCCUGGGCCUCCCAGAACUGCUGGGAGAGGACAGGUUCUGGCCCCUUUUCCUGUCAGUGGUGGUUGUUCCUGCCUCCCUCCAGCUCCUGCUGCUGCACUGCUUCCCUGAGAGCCCUCGGUACCUGCUGAUAGAGAGAAACGACAUCUGUGGGGCCACCAAAGACCUGACAGCCCACCACAGCCCUGAUGGUUCAGCCCUUCUGUCCCACCUGGUUGUGCCGCAGGAUUUCCAUGGUGCCCAGCACUGUGCACUGCACCGGUUUCUGGGGACCCCUGAUGUACAGGAUGUGAUCAAGGAGAUGAAGGAGGAGCAGCAGUCGCUCUCCUCCAUGGAGAUGGUGUCGGUCUGGCAGCUGCUGCGGGACCGCUCUGUGCGCUGGCAGACGCUCUCGGUGGUGGUGGUCAACGCCGGCAUGCAGCUCUCAGGGAUCGAUGCCAUCUGGUUUUACACCAACACCAUCUUCGAGAACACCGGGAUCCCUGUGUCCCAGAUCCCCUACACCACCGUGGGCACCGGCGCCAUCGAGAUCAUUGCUGGGCUGAUUGGGUGCUUCACCAUCGAGAGGGUGGGCCGGCGGCCCCUCAUCAUCACCGGUUUCUGUGCCAUGGGUGUCUGCUCAGCUGGCAUCACCGUCUCCCUGCUGCUGCAGGCCACCCUGCCCUGGAUGCGCUACGUCAGCGUUGCCUGCGUGGUCGGCAUCAUCACUGGCUUCUGCAUGGGACCAGGGGUCCAGCCAGCCCUGUCUCAGGCAGUUGGGACCCCAGGCAUGUCACCAUAUCAAAUACAGUCCCUCACCAGAUUCCUGUGUGUCUUGGAAUGUACUCUGGACCUCGGAUCCUGCCCCCCAGUCCAGGGACAGUUCUGGGACCCAGGGCUUCCGGCUCAGUGACACUUGACUGGAGAAGUUGAGUCCUUCCAGGAGAAAGAGCCACAACCUGUGUCCAGUUUUCAGUCCACUUACAAGUUGGCUUGGGAAGUCACUUCCAUACAUCCUGGGUUUUUUCACCAUACAUGGGAAAAGCAGGUUGGAAAAUGGCAUUUCUGUGUCCUGCGGGAAAUUCUGAUGCUCAGAAAAGUGGUUGCUUCUUUCCUUCCUAAAUCAGCCACAGUGGCAACAAAAGCUGAUUGAUAGAAGGAAGUUUUCUAAACUCUUUUGAUCAAGGGAGUCUGGAAAGGGCAUUAUGGAGGGUGCCAGGAAGAUGUUUCUCUAUGCCUGUGGUCUCUCUGAGAUUUAAUGUAUCAGCAUUUAGAAACACUUUUGGAAAACUAGGAUCCAUGUGAAAUGUUCCACCUUUAUUUUGACUCAGUCUGAAACUUCCCAGUCAUGCAACUUGUGGAACUGGCCUGAGCACCCAGCAAUGUGCAAGUGUGGCAUGUCAGGGGGACAUCACCCACCCCCCAAGACAUAUCCCAAUGGGACACCAAGGGCAGGACAUGUUCCACCGCACUCCCUGUCGCCCCCAGCUCUCCCAGCACCACCAGUUUGAACCAUGAGUCUUGCUGGGCUCCAGCCCUUUGGCCACAGGACUGAGGUGGGCAGAACCUGUUGACCCCAGGGAUACUGGAGUCAGCCUGUCCCCCAUACCAUUGCUCUGUCCCCU